CCGAUCACUAUAAGCAGCCAAAAAAGAAUACACAUCAAGAACAAUCCUCAUCUACAUUUCACAAACACUGUAGCCAGAAAUUUCUAUAGAAGGCAAUGGAAGCUAGGACUAGAAGGAUGGAGAUCAUACUUACCUUUGCUGUUAUAGCGAGUUGGUGGGCAGGGGCUAUGGGGCAAUCAAGUAGUUGCACCAAUGCGCUUAUGAGCUUGUCUCCGUGCCUACUCUACAUAACAGGAAACUCAUCAACCCCGACACCACAAUGUUGCACGCAGCUAGCUGCUGUGGUUAGGUCACAGCCUCAAUGUUUGUGUGAGGUCAUUAAUGGUGGUGUCGCUUCACUUGGGAUCAAUGUUAAUCUGACUCAGGCUCUGGCUCUCCCGAAUGCUUGCCAAGUCCAAACUCCUCCUAUUAGCAGCUGCAAUGCGUCCUCCCCUGCAAAUUCUCCAGCAGAAGCACCAGGUUCUCCUUCAGGAGGAGGAUCAGCACCACCAAGAUCGGAUGGAAAUUCCAAUAGGAUGACAUUCUCUGUGCUCUUCUUCUUGCUCUUCGUCGCAUCAUAUGCUUCUUCUUACCCUCUGACGAAUCUUUCGCCACUAUAAACAUAGCAGUCCCAUAUAUUAUUUAUACAUUCUUAUGGUUUAUUUCUUAGGCAAGCCUGUGCGACACACAUUUCUUUUGCGAGAAUAAUACUCUUGGGUUUGAUUGUACUUCCUACUCUUUCAAUAAACGAGUGAUUCUUGUUUGUUUCUUGUAAUAUACAUAUAAUAAACAAGCUUAUUUUCAAGUCCU